GGCUGGGGCGGCGGCGCGGCCGAGCGCGGCGCUGCAGCCAUGGCGGGCGGCGCGCGGCUGCUCUGGGUGUCUCUAUUGGUGCUGCUGGCGCUGUUCGGGCCGCAGCCCGGACAGAGCCAGCCGCGAGAGCGCCUCCGCGUGCGCUUUACCCCAGCGGUGUGCAGCCUGCGCUGCGUCCAUGGGCCCACCGGCCCUCGCUGUACCCCGAUCUGCGCGCCCCGCAACACCACCAUCGUGGACAGCGGCGCGCCCGGCGGGGCGGCCCCGGGGGGACCCGGCUUCCGCGCCUUCCUGUGUCCCUUGAUCUGUCAUAACGGCGGUGUGUGCAUGAAGCCUGACCGCUGUCUCUGCCCCCCGGACUUCGCUGGCAAGUUCUGCCAGUUGCAUUCCUCGGGCGCUCAACCCCCGGCGCCGGCCAUGCCAGGCCUCACUCGCUCCGUGUACACCAUGCCACUAGCCAACCACCGCGACGAUGAACACGGUGUGGCAUCUAUGGUGAGCGUCCACGUGGAGCACCCGCAGGAGGCGUCCGUGGUGGUGCACCAGGUGGAGCGCGUGUCCGGCCCUUGGGAGGUGGCGGACGCUGAGGCGGUGGCGCGGGCGGAGGCGGUGGCCCGCGCGGAGGCGGCGGCGCCCUACACGGUGCUGGCACAGAACGCUCCCCGCGAGGACAGCUACUCCGACGCCUCGGGCUUUGGUUACUGCUUUCGGGAGCUGCGCGGAGGCGAAUGCGCGUCCCCGCUGCCCGGGCUCCGGACGCGGGAAGUCUGCUGCGGAGGGGCUGGCGUGGCCUGGGGCGUUCACGACUGUCAGUCGUGCUCGGAGCACUCGGGGAACUCCAACCGAGUGGGAGCCCCAGGUGGUCCGUGUCCAGCUGGCUUCGAAAGGGUUAACGGGUCCUGCGAAGAUGUGGACGAGUGCGCGACUGGCGGGCGCUGCCAGCACGGGGAGUGUGCCAACACUCACGGGGGGUACACGUGCGUGUGCCCGGACGGCUUCCUGCUGGACUCCUCCCGCAGCAGCUGCAUCUCCCAACACGUGAUCUCAGAGGCCAAGGGGCCCUGCUUCCGCGUGCUCCGCGACGGCGGCUGCUCGCUGCCCAUUCUGCGCAACAUCACCAAACAGAUCUGCUGCUGUAGCCGUGUGGGCAAAGCCUGGGGUCGGGGCUGCCAGCUCUGCCCACCUUUCGGCUCAGAGGGUUUUCGGGAGAUCUGUCCUGCUGGCCCUGGCUACCACUACUCGGCCUCUGACCUCCGCUACAACACCAGACCCCUGAGCCAGGAGCCACCCCGAGUUUCCCUCAGCCAACCCCGUGCCCCACCCUCCACCCCUCGGUCACCCACAGGUAAGCUGGCUCCUGGGGGAGGGUGUGUUGUCUCUAGGGGUUGCCCCGGCCCCAUAGGGAAAGGAAAUGGGGCACCGAAAUCCAGGUCUGCACUCAAUGACAGCCUCUCCUUACCAGGCCUUCUGCCCACCCAUCGCCCAGAGCCCCGGCCUGAGCCUCGGCCCGGGCCUGAGCUUCCUCCACCCAGCAUCCCGGCCUGGACUGGUCCUGAGGCUCCUGAACCAGGUCCCUCCGCGGGCAUGUGUCAGCGAAAUCCCCAGGUCUGCGGCCCGGGACGCUGCAUCCCCCGACCCAGGGGCUACACGUGCACGUGUGAUUCCGGCUUCCGGCUCAGCCCGCAGGGCACACACUGCAUUGAUGUGGACGAAUGCCGUCGCAUGCCCCCGCCCUGUGCUCCCGGGCGCUGCGAAAACACGCCAGGCAGCUUCCGUUGUGUGUGCGGCCCCGGCUUCCGAGCUGGCCCGCGGGCUACUGAGUGUCUGGACGUGGACGAGUGCCGCCGCGUGCCGCCGCCCUGUGACCGUGGGCGCUGUGAAAACACGCCAGGCAGCUUCCUGUGCGUGUGCCCUGCUGGGUACCAGGCUGCACCCCACGGAGCAGGCUGCCAAGAUGUGGACGAAUGCAUCCAGAGUCCUGGCCUCUGUGGCCGAGGUGCCUGUGAGAACCUGCCUGGCUCUUUCCGCUGUGUUUGCCCGGCUGGCUUCCGGGGCUCAGCGUGUGAAGAGGAUGUGGAUGAGUGUGCCCAGGAGCCUCCACCCUGUGGGCCAGGCCGCUGUGACAACACCGCGGGCUCCUAUCACUGCGCCUGCCCUGCUGGCUUCAGAUCCCGAGGGCCAGGGGCCCCCUGCCAAGAUGUGGAUGAAUGUGCCCGUAGCCCCCAGCCCUGUGCUUAUGGACGAUGUGAGAACACAGAAGGCAGCUUCCAGUGCGUCUGCCCAACAGGCUUUCAACCCAGCCCUGCUGGCUCUGAGUGCGAGGAUGUUGAUGAGUGUGAGAACCACCUGGCGUGUCCUGGGCAGGAAUGUGUGAACUCACCUGGCUCCUUCCAGUGCAGGGCUUGUCCUGCCGGCUACCACCUGCACCGUGGCCGAUGUACUGAUGUGGACGAAUGCAGUUCGGGCUCCUCCUGCGGCCCCCAUGGCCACUGCACUAACACCGAAGGCUCCUUCCACUGCAGCUGCGCGCCUGGCUACCGGGCGCCGCCUGGCCGGCCUGGGCCCUGCGCAGACGUGAACGAGUGCCUGGAGGGCGACUUUUGCUUCCCCCACGGCGAAUGCCUCAACACCGACGGCUCCUAUGCCUGUACCUGUGCCCCCGGCUACCGGCCCGGACCCCGCGGAGCCUCUUGCCUCGACGUGGACGAAUGCAGCGAGGAGGACCUCUGCCAGAGCGGCAUCUGUACCAACACCGACGGCUCCUUCGAGUGCGUCUGUCCUCCGGGGCACCGCGCCAGCCCCGACCUCGCCUCCUGCCUCGACGUGGAUGAAUGUCGAGAGCGGGGCCCGGCCCUCUGCGGCUCCCAGCGUUGUGAGAAUUCCCCCGGCUCCUACCGCUGCGUCCGGGACUGCGACCCUGGCUACAACGCGGGCCCUGAGGGCACCUGUGACGAUGUGGACGAGUGCCAAGAAUACGGCCCGGCAAUUUGUGGAGCCCAGCGCUGUGAAAAUACCCCCGGCUCCUACCGCUGCACGCCUACCUGUGACCCUGGCUACCAGCCCAUGCCUGGGGGCGGAUGCCAGGAUGUGGAUGAAUGCCGGAACCGGUCCUUCUGCGGGGCCCAUGCCGUUUGCCAGAACCUGCCUGGCUCCUUCCAGUGCCUCUGUGACCAGGGCUACGAGGGGGCACGGGAUGGGCGUCACUGCGUGGAUGUGAAUGAAUGUGAAACACUACAGGGCGUGUGCGGAGCUGCCCUGUGCGAGAAUGUGGAGGGCUCCUUCCUCUGCGUCUGCCCCACCAGUCCUGAGGAGUUUGACCCCAUGACUGGGCGCUGUGUUCCCCCACGGGCUUCUGCUGGCACAUUCCCAGGCUCACAGCCCCAAGCACCUGCCAGCCCCGGCCUGCCAGACAGACCACCCCCUCCACCCCCUCCCCGCCGGCCCAGCCCACCCAGGCAGGGACCGGUGGGCAGCGGCCGCCGGGAGUGCUACUUUGACACAGCAGCUCCAGAUGCCUGUGACAACAUCCUGGCUCGGAACGUGACGUGGCAGGAGUGCUGCUGCACCGUGGGGGAGGGCUGGGGCAGCGGCUGCCGCAUCCAGCAGUGCCCGGGCACUGAGACAGCUGAGUACCAGUCACUGUGUCCCCAUGGCAGGGGCUACCUGGCGCCCAGCGGAGACCCAAGCCACCGGAGAGAUGUGGAUGAGUGCCAGCUGUUCCGAGAUCAGGUGUGCAAAAACGGUGUGUGCGUGAACACGGCCCCGGGCUACUCCUGCUAUUGUAGCAACGGCUACUACUACCUCGCCCAGCGACUGGAGUGUGUCGACAACGACGAGUGCGCGGACGAGGAGCCGGCGUGUGAGGGGGGCCGCUGCGUCAACACCGUGGGCUCUUAUCACUGCACGUGCGAGCCCCCGCUGGUGCUGGACGGUUCGCGGCGCCGCUGCGUCUCCAACGAGAGCCAGAGCCUCGAUGACAACCUGGGAGUGUGCUGGCAGGAAGUGGGGGCUGACCUCGUGUGCAGCCGCCCUCGGCUGGACCGCCAGGCCACGUACACAGAGUGCUGCUGCCUCUACGGGGAGGCCUGGGGCAUGGAUUGUGCCCUCUGCCCUGCCCAGGACUCAGAUGACUUUGAGGCCCUGUGCAAUGUGCUGCGCCCCCCUGCCUAUGGCCCCCCACGGCCAGGUGGCUUUGGACUCCCCUACGAGUAUGGUCCAGACCUCGGUCCACCUUACCAGGGCCUUCCAUAUGGGCCUGAGCUGUACCCACCACCUGUGCUACCCUAUGACCCCUACCCACCACCACCUGGGCCCUUCGCCCGCCGGGAGGCCCCCUAUGGGAUGCCACCCUUCGACAUACCGGACUUUGAGGAUGAUGGUGGUCCCUAUGGUGGAUCUGAGCCUCCUGCUCCACCUGGACCCGGCACCCGCUGGCGCUAUCGGUCCCGAGACACCCGUGGCUCCUUCCCAGAGCCCGAGGAGCCACGUGAAGGCGUGGGCUACACUGGCGCCCUGGCUGGGCCCUCCGAGGGGCUGGAGGCGGAGGAGUGUGGGAUCCUGGACGGCUGUGCCCACGGCCGCUGCGUGCGGGUCCCCGAGGGCUUCACCUGCGACUGCUUCGAUGGCUACCGCCUGGACAUGACCCGCAUGGCCUGCGUUGACGUGAACGAGUGUGACGAGGCGGAGGCGGCGGCUUCAUUCUGCGUCAACGCGCGCUGCAUCAACACCGACGGCUCCUUCCGCUGCGUCUGCCGCCCGGGAUUCGCACCCACGCACCAGCCGCACCACUGCGCGCCCGCCCGCCCCCGGGCCUGAGCCCGCAGCGCCGUCCCCGCGCCUGCCCGCUGGUGCGCGUGCGCUCACGGAAGCCGGACAGAGGGACGACUUACGGACGGAUGGAAGUGGGGACGCCUCUUGCACCCCCAGCCCCUCUACCGACGCCGCCCCACGGCCCCCCUCAUAUUUCCGCUCCUUUUAUAAACGUUUUCAGUUUUAAACAC